UGAUCACCAUGGCAACUAACUUCACCCUAGACCAACAAUGUGAAGGAAAGGAGUGUCAAUCAAUCACAGAUGUGACGUACUACGUGGAGGAGAAGAAGAGACUGUGUGAUGACUGCGCCUCUAAAGAAGGAUGCAUCGCAAGAGUUAAAAGGGGUGUACCUAAUAUUUAUUGUGAAGAACAUGAUGAAAAGGUAAAAUUAUAUUGUAAAAGUCAUGGUAAAGCAUUGUGUUAUUCAUGCGCUAUGAUCAAACACCGGCAUCCUUGCCAGCGACAAGAUAUAAAUGAUGCAAUAAAAGACAGUGGGGCGAGGCUUACAGUUCUAAAAGAAAAAGGGAGGGACAAAUUGAAAGAAGGUCGUCUGUAUGAAGAUGAAAUUGACCAAUGCACGAAAGACACAGACACCCAUCUACAAGCUUUGAAAGAUGAAGUUAAUUCGACAAUCAAGGAGGCGAUCAACAUAGAUAAAGCCAAGGAGAAGAUGCAUGCUGACAAAAUAAACCAAGAAUUCGAUGAUCGGAAUCAAGUACUUCAAGAAGAGAUAAUGAAGAUUAAUGCGAAGAUUCGAAAGAACAAUAAGGAGAGAGAGAAACAACUUGAAUUAAUCCAUACAAAUGCACAGAUUAGACAAAGACACAUGGACAAUAAGAAGAUUGGUCUUCAUAGAGAAAUUGAUAACAUUGUUAAAGAGAAGGAUAGGAAGAUCAGAGAGUUGAUGAAAUCAUUGCAGGAUUACACAAAAACAAUAGAGAAUGCAAUACAAACCAUAGAUACAGUACUAGGAGACGAUAAAAACAUUGUUAAAGACGGUCAUAGUGUGAACAUGUCAGUGAGUGAUAAACUAAAGAAACCACUUUAUAAGAAUUAUGUGAAACAAAUCACUGAUAGAAUAUCGGGCGUUAUGUUUGUGAAGGGUGUUGGGAGAGAGAAGUAUGAUGGUAGGAUUGGUGGGUAUGAUGGCGAGUGGAUGCUUAGUGAUACAAUCAAUGUCAAAGAUGAAAUUACAUGCCCAAUUAUUGUGGGUUGCAUAGAUGAAUGUAAUGUGAUCAUCACAGAUGUGGAGCCAGAUAGCGAGCAUACAUACAUGUUAGAUAUGAACACUAAACACAUUCAGAGAGUGAUAACAGGUACUGAUAUAUCAUGUGUAAUCUCCUGUGCAUUACUGAAUGAUGACAAGAUAGUGUGCGGUAGAUACUGUGAAGGUUGUACAGGGAAAUUUUAUACUGGAUCCAUCAGUGUAUAUAACAGACAAUGGAUACACAUUAAUGACGUCACAAUACCAAGAAACAAAACGGACGAUACCCCAUUUGUGUAUGUAGUUGUUGACCGUGAUGGGAUGAUCAUCGCUGCUGAGUGGGGUAAGUCUAAGAUAUACGUCAUCAACCCAGCUGAUAGUAAGAUCGUUAAUACCAUCAAAUGUAAAGAGGAUGUAGUGAUGCGAGGUGUGCUAUCAUCAGGUCACAUCAUCGCCCAACCUGGUGAUAAGAGAAUACUAAUCAUAGACAGACAGGGUGGUCAAAGGGAAAUCCCCCACAUUGAUGUCAUCUGUGAUGUAAGUGUUGAUCCUAUAACAGACGACCUCUACGUCGUGACAUCAGAUGAUGAGUUCAAGACGUGUAUGAUUGAUCAGGUGAUGGGUGGGAGUGAAGUGAAGAAGAGAAGAGUGACGUCAUUCCCUCUAUCAAUUAGAAUGACUGAUGAGGAUGAUAGGUUGGAUUGCAUUUUAUUAUCUCGUGUAAUGAUCUCAUCAUUAGGCAAGAUAAUUGCUUGUGAUGGAGAUAGUAUUCUCGUAUUCGAAAAUAGAAUCUCACUAUAG